CUCCAUCCUAUCUGCAUCCCACCUGCAUCCAAUCUGUAUCUCUUCUCUAUCUCCAUUUGAUACGGAAUCAUGGACACUCGAUAGAUAUUCAUACCUAGAGAUAGCACCGACCUGUCCUCAGUCGAUAAGACUCUUGGAGAUACCGGAGAAUGGUCCAGGCUCCAAGAGCCCUCGCGGUCUGCAUCCAUGGGAGCCGAUAAAGACCCUGCUGACAGACCGCGUCGGGCGCGAGUAGAGCGUGCCAGGCGAUCUAAGAAUGGUUGCGCUACCUGCCUCAGCAAGAGAGUCAAAUGCGACGAGCAGCGCCCCUACUGUGGUCGUUGCAUUCGAUUGCACUUGCCAUGUGAAUGGCCCCGACCCAAAGCUUCACUGGCUGAGAGGCGCAGAGGAUUUGGUCCCCUCAAGCGUCGUGAUCGCGAUCUCUGGUCGCCUUGCUCCAUCGUCCCGAAGGGUGAAUUGACUCCGUCGUUGCAACCGGAUGAGUCUGCGCGACAACCCAUGGUCACCAAGGCCAAUGAGCAAGAAUCUAAUGAUGCAGCCUCGGGCAUCGUUUCUCAAUCGUCCGGAAACCCUCCAGACUUGAUAGACGAAUGCGAAGCGUCUGGACUACUGGUACCCGAUGGCUACGAGCAUGAUGCGGCACCGUCACCAAGCUAUGGAACACCGGUUUCCCUAUCAAGCAGCGUGCUCGAUAGUAUACACGACACGCUUCCGCUGCUACAAAUGCCGCUUGCGCUCCCUAUGUCAAUGUCGCCCGAUACGUCCUUCAUCCACGUCGCAGACACAGCUCCUGCUCUAGGCACCAACGACAAACAAGCUCUAAGCUUCCAUCGCGCGGUUUUCGCCCCGUUGAAAUCAACUCGACACUGGACUUGCUCCGCACAAGCCUUGUUUGUCGACAGAGCAUUUGAGAAACGCAUGGCUUUUCAUUUCCUUCUCGCCCUGUCCUACAGCGAGCUGGCGAUUUACUAUGGCCACGGUUCCCGACCACCGCAGGAGUCCAAGAGGCAUUUUGAGCGGGGUUCCCACUUAUUCUUGCAAGCACAGAAUCCAUUUGCUGCUACAGACCACGUCAGCACAAUGCUCUCAUUUCUGUAUCUCUAUAUGUUUUGGAUGCGGCGGGAUCGGCUAGAUGUGACGAAACUCGAGGAUCUGAGCAGGACAAUUAUGCUCUACGUUAGAGCACAUGGGCUGGACGAUCUUUGUGCCAGCGAGGAUUUGGCUUCGCUCACUGGGAACAGUUGCACAAGCUUGGAGUCUCCGCCCGACCAGGCUCUCCUUGCCAGGAUACUGGUAUAUUUGUACGAUCGCGACGGGUUUUGCGGCUUUUUCGGCUGUGGGGGAUCAUUCGCCCGGCAUAUGAGUCAAGAUCCAGAGAAGCGACGGAAGGUUUGGAUACGAUCGCGUACUGCCUUCUUGCUUCCUCAAACCCCUUGCAUGCGCGCAUCUGCCAUAUUUGACAUGGAGGACGCGGCAACCCUUGACGCUUACUUCGACCUCAUCGGUUUGCACCAGGAAAUAAAUGAAUACAGCCAGAGCUCGCAGCAGGAAGCCGCAGAAAUCGAACCCCGACUGCGACGUCGAAUAGACACGGUGCAGCAGGACCACUUAUUUCUUCCAUUUUCCUUCCCGGAAAGCGACUCUCGCCUAUCGCUAAUGUCGUAUGUCACGAUUACCUUCUUUCACGCACUCCAGUUGUAUUUCUACCGAAGUCGCGAGUCUGCCUUCGGACAGCGACCGGUUUCAAAGCACCUGCAGAAAACUCUUAACACGCUAGUCUCGACUGCAUAUCACACCGUCAGCACUGGGCCAGUCCAGCUCCUCGAACGAUUUCAGUGGUCGCUAUUUAUUGGUGCCCUGGAAACUCACGAUCCAGUUCACCGGCAGUGGCUCGUGGACCACAUUUCUGAUCCCGGCCUCAAGGCAGGGACCCAGUUGAUCCAGACGAUCAAACAUCGAUCUGCCAAUGGAAUCACGAUGCAAAAUCUCAGAUGGUUGAUCAGCGGAACUAAUUCGGCGGGCUUGGCUGGUGCGAGUCGGUAAAAUCUUGAACACGCUUCUUCGUAUAUGGCGUGUUCUGCCCGUGUGUUGUUGUCGAUUCCAAUCUCGCCAAUAUGAACAGUGC